AUGGCUAUUGACGAUUCGAUGCAAGCCCGUAUUACGGCCGACUGUCCCGACUCAAUCAGAGAGAUUCUUCUCCACGCCUGGAGUCAUGACAUAUCUGAGCUGAAGAAACUUCUCGACGCCCCUGGCAAGGCAAGCAUCCAAGAUCCCACGACCGGCGAGACACCACUUCACGCUGCUAUUCGCGCUUGCGGACCCGCCAGGGAUGGGGAUGACGAUCUGAAAGCCGAGGAGGCUAAAGAGACGAUAUACGAACUCUUUCUCAAGGGCGCAAUAUGGAACGACGUCGACUCCAACAAUGAGACACCCGGUUGUCUUGCCCAGCGUCUAGGCCAGAGUGAGCUCUACAGAACCUGUGUUGAGGCUGGUGUGCGCGCUGAGCUGUUAUUUGGCCUCUUGGACGGAUACGAGCAGCUGUCUUCUGGCUCCGAGAUGGACGAAGAUGAGGAAGUUGAGGCUACCAAUGGCGAGAGUGGCGCUCAAGAGGAGGGAGCGUCUGAAGCAGCUGUCGAGCCCACCCUCGAAACGGAAGGCGAGAAAAAGUUUGUGCCGCCGACUGUCGCUGACCCCAACGUCACAUCGGAGGAAUACCUCCAGUCAAACCUAACCUACUCAGAAGGCAAGCUUGUAGAUGACGGCGGCAACGGCGUUAUGAUGGCCUGGGAGACGGAAAUCAUGCGCAAGAGUGUCGACGCAGUCCUACCUCAACUGGCCGCCGGCAAGCGUAUCCUCAAUGUCGGUUUCGGCAUGGGCAUCAUCGACGCCAUGUUCGCUGAGACACACCCUUCAAGGCACCACGUCAUUGAGGCACACCCCGAGGUGCUUGAACAUAUUGACAAGCCCGACUCUAAGUUCGGUGCAGCAUGGGAGGCGAGCGGCCCUGAAGAGGGGGCAUAUAAAAUCCACAGAGGACGAUGGCAGGAUAUCGUACCAAAACUACUUGAGCAAGGCGAGGUAUACGAUGCUAUUUACUUCGACACGUUUGGUGAAGAUUACGGCCAGUUGAAUAUGUUCUUCACGGAGUACAUCCCUGGCUUAAUGGACGAACAGGGCCGUUUCAGUUUCUUCAACGGCCUGGGAGCUGAUCGAAGGGUAUGUUACGAUGUCUACACCAAAGUCGUUGAAAUGCACAUGGCCGAUGCUGGACUGGAUGUUGAGUGGGACGAGAUGGACGUGGAUAUGAAGGGUCUUGAAGAGGCAGGUAAGGGUGAGUGGGAAGGUGUGAAGCGCCGGUAUUGGACUUUAGACAAGUACCGCCUGCCAACUUGCACAUUCCUGGGCUGA